GUUAAAUAAUUGAAAAAUAAUAUCAUGGGUGCACGCUUGCAUGAAUUUUGUGAAGCGACUUCUUCAGAUCUCAUUGCGGAAGUGAUUGUUUUUCUUCAUUUUUUUUUUUCCUUUUUUUUAUUGUUCAAUUGUUUUUAUUCCCUUAACACAAAAUAAGUAAACAAUUGAAAGCUCACAAAUUAUGAGGCUACAGCAGCAACAUCAAAAACAACCUCAGCAACGAAUUUUUUUAUUAUUGAGUAAUUGCAAAAUGUCUCGUAUGGCAAUUGUUUGUUUUCUACUUUUAUUCACCGUCACCACCAACACUCGCAACGUAAAUGCGGCACGAAGAUCGCGCUUAGAUUUAGCAACAUCCUCGUCGUCAUCAUCAUCAGCAUCAGCAUCAUCAUUAUCAUCUUCAGCAGGUUCCAUAUCAAAUGCCUAUACUAAUACAGCCAAUGCGGCCAAUAUUAACGCCAAUAUAGAGUCUAUGGCCUCUAACAUUCAUAGCAAUAAUAACAAGAACAACAACAACAACAAUAACAAUAACUACAAUUACAACAGCAACAGUAAUAGCAACAACUAUAAUGGCCCUUUGAAUGAAGUUGCUUCAUUACCACUAAAAAGUGAUCAAUCAUCAUAUUCAGCUGUUCAAGCAUCAAAUGAUGAGUUACCUACGGCUGUGAAUGCCGCCUCUCUAACGACAAAAGAUGCUAUUGACGGUGCUGGAGCUUCGAUCGCGUCUUCUGCUGCUCACGCUGCCGCCACAGCAACGGUUGUUAAUGAAAAGGAAAAUAAUUCUGCCGCCACCGCCACCGCCAACGAAAAUGAUGCUCCCUCAUCUUUGCCUCAAGACAAUAGUAACGCGAAUGCUGAAAAAUCAACUGUUGUUCUUAGUGGUGUUGAUGUUGGUGGUGAAGAUCAAUUACCUGUAGAACAAAAGGAAAUACCAUCAGCCAGUUUUGAGGACAUUGACGCCGAAAGUUCUAUAAAAACAUCAACAGCCACAGCAGCUUUGUCGUCAUCAUCUUCUAUUGGGUUACAACAGCAGCAACAACAACAACAACAACAACAACAAUAUGAAUCACAAAGACAGCACUCGCAACAACAACAACACGACAAUAACAACAGCGGUUCAGAUGAAUGUGAUUCAGAAAUGCUUGGCUUCGAAAUUGUUACUGGCUAUGUAUUCUCAGCGCCUGAUAAAUUAUUGGAUUCGCUGCCUGGCACUUUAAUGUUAACAGAUUGUUUAGAAGCUUGCCAAGGAAACGAAACCUGUCAAGCUGUUAAUUACGAGACUGGAUUGUGUGUAUUAUUCUCGGCUAAUGCUGAUCAGUUACCAGGUGCAUUGACAAAAUCUCAAUUCCCUGUAUUUACAAUUUAUGCACAGAAAUCAUGUUUGGGCGUUAGACCAUGUGCACGUGCUUGGUGUGUUGAUCGUGUACAGAACUAUAAACUAAAUGGACACGCUAAACGUUCAAUGCCAGUAACAACAAGACGUGAUUGUUUAGAAUUGUGUUUGGGUGAAACUGAAUUUACAUGUCGAUCGGCCAACUAUUAUCGUGCCACAAAUAUUUGUGAACUCUCUGAAAUGGAUCGCAUUACAUUGGCCGGUACAAGUGCAUUCCAGCUACAUGAUGGCAUCGAUUAUCUGGAAAACAACUGUGCCGAAGAGCCAAAUAAAUUGUGCGAAUUUAAACGUUUAUCUGGUAGAAUAUUGAAAACUGUCGAUUCCGUUUAUCAGGAUGUUGGCAGCAUUGAUGAGUGCCGUGAUUUGUGCAUAAAUUCACCUUACAGAUGUCAUUCGUAUGAUUUUGGUGACACGGGCGAUAUGGUCUGUCGUUUGUCACAUCAUAGUCGUGCCACGCUGUCCGAUGUUCAAGAUCCUUACUUAGAAGUGCCGGAAGCGGCCACCUAUGAAUUGGCUUCAUGUUAUAAUGUAACCAUUGAAUGCGGUGCGGGUGAUAUGGUGGCACGUAUACGAACUUCAAAAUUGUUCGAUGGUAAAGUGUAUGCUAAGGGAUCACCGAAAUCGUGCGCUUUCGAUGUGAAGAACUCUUUGGAAUUUGAAUUGCGUAUGGGUUAUCAAGACUUGGAGUGUAAUGUCCGGCAACAAGGAUCGGGACGUUAUAUGAAUGAUGUCGUCAUUCAACAUCAUGACACUAUAGUCACGUCAUCAGAUUUGGGUUUAGCAGUUACCUGUCAAUAUGAUUUAACCAAUAAAUCGGUAUCGAAUGAGGUCGACUUGGGUGUUAAAGGAGACAUUGAACCGGCCUUGUCGGAAGAGGUUAUUGUCGAUUCCCCUAAUAUUAUAAUGAAGAUUACAUCGCGAGAUGGUUCGGAUAUUAUGCGUUCGGCUGAAGUUGGUGAUCCCUUGGCUUUGAAAUUUGAAAUUCUCGAUGAACAUAGUCCUUAUGAGAUCUUUGUACGUGAACUGGUAGCCAUGGAUGGCGGCGAUAAUGCCGAGAUCACGCUAAUCGAUGCGAAUGGCUGUCCCACGGAUCAUUUCAUUAUGGGUCCAAUUUAUAAGAGUUCAUUAAAUGGUAAAGUGCUUUUAUCACACUUCGAUGCCUUUAAAUUCCCUUCGUCCGAAGUCGUACAGUUUCGCGCUUUAGUUACUCCCUGCAUGCCCACCUGUGAGCCAGUGCAAUGCGAUCAAGAAGAUAUCAGUGGCGAAUUCAAGUCACUCUUGUCGUACGGACGUAGACGGAGAUCAGUUAAUGUUACAGCAACAACAUUUUCGGGUAAUCAGCCUGAGUACAACAGUCACAGAAUACGUCGUGAGACAAAAAAGAAACCUAGUCAAGAGGAUAUGCUUUUGGUACAAUCAAUUCAGAUCACUGACAAAUUUGGCUUCGAUAGACAACAACAAACGAAAUCUUCAAAUGCAUACGAUACCAAUGAGACGGUAUUCAUUGCCAAUGAGACAAACCAAGGAUUCUGUGUUAAUGCCAUUGGACUUAUUGUAGCCGGAACAGUUUUCCUGUUGGCACAACUGGCCGUUAUAGCUAUUUGGACUUAUUUGUAUCAGAGGCGCCGAAAAUUGCAGCCAUACAGUACGGAAGGGAUUAGUAAUACAUCGAAUUAUGGUUCACAUAGCGGUUCAUCUGGUUCGACAGUUCUCGGUGGUGGUUGUGGUGGCGGCGGCGGCAGCAAUGUAACCAACACAAGAUCAGAAUCUUUAUGUAAAUUAUACGAAGGCGGAUUCGGACAGAGGCAUGGACGUCAAUUUUGAAAUCAUGCACAAAACAUAAAAUAGCGGUGAAUUUAUCAAUGAAAAGCUUAAACACUUGCCAAUACGGACAAACAAACGAAGAAAAAAAAAAAAGAAUAAAAAUUCAUAGAAACACACAGGAAUAAUAGCCAUUCUUAGGAAGCAAAGCAAAAACUUGAAAAAAAAAACAAAAAAAACAAACAGAAAAAAUACAUUUUUUUGUCAUACUUAAUGGUGCCGGAAGAGAUGCAAAGAAGUUAUAUUAGAGAGCAAAAGAUAAGAAAAAAUAAGAAAAAGAGAUCAGCAAUAUU